CAAGGCGAGAGCGCGCAUGCCAGUCACCGAGGAGGAGCGGCUCCAGUCGCUGCACGCCUGGCUCCUCUGCUCCGGCGACAGCGAGGAGCAGAUCGCCGUCUCGUUCGACGACACGCUCGCCGUUUUGUGCGCCUCGCGCUUUGACCCGUCUCGCGCAGACGGGGCGGGCGACCCACCGGGCGGCCCGCCGUGGCUGGGCGAGCUCCUCGAGCGCGCGCGGUGGCGCGAGCUGGUGUACACGCUGCACGCGCGCCACCCGAGCAGCGCGCUCCUCAACACCGCCGUCCAGCGCCUCCUCGCCUCUCCGGCGCACGCGGCCGAGGCGGCGGAGCGGACGAGCGAGUCGCGGGACGCGGCGGCGCUCGCGGGCGGUUCGUCCGUCGCCCACCUCCUCGACUGCCUCGCCGACCGGCUGGCGGCGCGGCUGAGCGGCGGGCCAGGCGCGAGCAAGGCGCUGGUCGCUCUCUGCGCUGGAGACGAGGCGAGCGCCGCCUGCUCCGCGCUGCUGCUGGGCGGGCUCUGCGCCGCCGCCGAGGAGGCUGCGGCCGGGCGGGGAGGGGAGGUCAAGGGGGAGGUGGUGCCGCCCGGGGUGGUUGCGCUGCUUCAGCACGCGACGGCGGAGGUUGCGGCGGCGGCGGCCGAGCGAAGCCUCGGCGCACACCGCUUCGAGCUCCUCGCUGCCGGAGCCACCCUCCAGUCCCCUCUCGCCGCUUGCUGCGUCUCCAUCGCUGCGUCGGGCUCUCUCCUCGCGGCGGAUGCGGUCCGGCUGAGAGCUCUCGCGUCUGAAGCGGACGCCUCGCCCCUCCUGCCCGUGCUGCGCCGCCCUCCCCUCGUCCGCCUCCUCCUCGCCGCCGCCUUCUCACCGCCCCAGCGGCAGGGUCUGCCUCCCGGCGACGCGCUGCACGCGGCGCUCGACGUGCUCGCCACCCUCUCCUCGGGCGAGCCAGCCUCGCCUGGCGACGCGGCGGCCGGCGGCGCGGCGGGCGGCGCGGCGGGAGGCGCGGCGGGAGGCGCGGCGGGAGGCGGAUGGGCGGCGGCGCGGCGCGCGGUCGGCGCGGCGAGCGGUGUGUGCCGCGAGGAGGGGUCGGAGCCCCUCUCUCAGGCGCGGCGGCUGGUUCCGCUCUGCAGCGACGCGGCGGCGGCGGGCGGAGCCCUGCUGUGGGCGCACGAGGGGCUGCAGCGAGGCGCGCUCGGCCGCCGCUCCGACGCGAGCGAGGACGAGGAGGCGCCCGAGGCGCAGGUUGGCGUGGUGAUGGCCGUCGCGGCGGCGCAGCCCGCGCUGCUGCGCCAGUGCUGCGCCGUGCUCUCCGCGCGGCUGCGGCAGCUCCAAGGCGGGCUCGCGCUGCAAAAGCGACUGGUGGACUGCGCCAUCUCGCUCCUCGCGCGGGGCGUGGUGGCGCCCGUGAUGGAGGCGCUGGGCGAGGUUGCCUCGAGCAGCGCCGCAGACUUCUCCCUCGCGCGCCACGUCGCACUCCGCCUCCUCGCCGUCGUCGCGCCGCCGUACGCCCCGCCGUUCGCCGCGUCGCUCCUCGCCCUCCUCCGCCAGCCACGCCUCAAAGAGGCGUUCGGGGCCUCUUUUGGUGAGGCGUCGCAAGCCGCGGCGAGGCAGAGGCAGCCGCUGGUGGAGACGGUGCGGCACAUCGGCGCGGAGCACCCGCCCCUCAAGGAGGGGGCGGCGGCGUGGCUCUUCGAGAUGGGCGUGGCCGACACGAGCGAGUAAGGCGAGGUCAGGCAAGUCGUUGGCAACCGAGCUUUUUGUGUGUGCUCUUUUAAAGACUACGAUUUCAAGAGCGC